GCUGAUUUUGAAAGUUUGAACGCGAAAGUUGAAACCGCAUUUUGGAGGCAACUCGAAGUGCUGCCUUGCUGCAUGGCCAUUCAAGUUGGCGCGCCCAGCAAUCCGGGACGCGUCUAGUAGGCAGGAAUUAGGAUAGGUAGCCCGAUUGCGAUAGAUAACUUAUGGCGCCUUCAUCCUUUGCCACCAAUAUUAACUAGGUGGUGCUGCUGUUCAGGAAACCUACAGCUUAGCCUACCAUACUAGCAGGCUAGAAAUUUAGUGGAGCUCUGAAAAUGGUGAUGCAGAUGGAUUGCUUGCCAGCGUUUUGAUUUCAAAGGUGGCAAUGGAGGAUACUCUGCUUGUGUCCACCGGGCAAGGAUGGCGUGAUCUGCGGGGAACGCUGAUCGAUCUCAUAUUUUAGCAGUGCCCCGGCAGGGCCUGACGGCAUGGCAGCCAUCAUUCGCCAAGGCAGCGCGGUGCUGCCCCUCAAUGUUGGCACCGCCUCCGCACAGGGGACGUUGGAAGCAGGAAGCCGGAGGCAGUGGUGCCACAGCAAUUCUCGCUGUUUUGGCGACCAAGCAACUCCUUUUCCCGACAUAAAUGCCGGGUCCUGGCCAGGGUUGGGAAUCAGUGAUCUGAGACGAGCAUCAAGAAGACUUCUCUUGAGGCGCUUAUACCGUGCGGAUCCCAGGGGAUCCCAGCUAACCCAGCAGCAGGGUGGCUGCGUCCGCUGCUCCCUCCCGGCCGCUGAGGAGGCGCCCAUUGUGAGCAGCCACACGCAUGCCCUUGGCGGGAGCCCUGUGGGGGCUGCCAGCAGCUUUGAGGUGCCGCAUCGUGCUCGCUGGCCAUGGCCGCUGGUGCGGGUAGAGCAGGCACAGGGUCCUCAGGGAGUGGGGCAUGCGCAGAUACUAUGCCCGGAUUUUGGAGGUGCCUCAAAAGGCAGCAGACCCGGUCUACGAUUACGUUUGCCUCGCCCGCUGUUUGGUCGUCCUCCUCGAGCCAUCCCUGCCCUCGGCGUGACCCAGCAAGAGCUGCUGCUGGUGCUGGGGGCGGGCGGGCUCGUGCUGCUGGCGGUGCUCAACAAGAUUCUUUUCAAGAUGGCCAUUGCCUCUAUGCCGGACCAGCCGUUUGUGCUGGCCAACAUCUGCACAUUUGGCUACCUGGUGCUGUACAGCGGCAUCGUGUGCCACCGCUGGCGCCGCGGGGCUGUGAGCCCAGACAUGCUCCGGUACCCCAAAACCAAAUUUGUCUGCAUCGGAGCACUUGAAGCGGCGGGGGCCAUGCUUGGCUUGUUUGCGGCAGGGUAUGUUCCCGGUACUAUUCUUCCCAUCCUGAGCCAGGGGUACCUGGUGUGGCAGCUGGUCCUGUCGGCAAUCUUCCUCCGCCGGCGCUAUUCCCUGGGCCAGCUAGUGGGCGUGGUGGUGUCCUUGGCAGGGAUUGCAACAGUGGUGACCAACGCCCAUGCUGGCCCCGGUGUGCUGGCGAGCGGCCCGUCGUUUGUGUUCCCGUGCCUGUACCUGCUCAGCGCGUCGUUCUCCGCUGCGGCCUCGCUGGUCAAGGAGCGCCUGUUCCAGGAGGCCCCGCAGCACCUGGGCGCGGGGCGCAGCCUAGACCUGUUUGUGGUCAACCUGCUGGGGUCCGCCUUCCAGUUCAUGUUCCUCCUGCUGCUACUCCCGCUCGUCGCUAGUGCUCGCGGCGUCCCCCCCCCCGCCCUGCCUGCUCACCUGGCCACCGGCGCGGGCUGCUUCCUGGGCCACGCUGCAGUGGGGGGGGCUCCUUGCCACGGGGCGCCCCUGCUGCCGCUGGUCUACAUCACGACCAACCUCGCGUUCAACGUGGCGCAGCUGGCGCUGCUCAAGGCGACCACGGCCGUGGUGCCCUCCAUCGCGCUCACGCUCGCAGUUCCUCUCUCUGUGGCGGCCUUCACCCUGCCGCUGCCGCUGCUGGGCACCCCGUGCGCCCUGCCCCCCAGCUUUGUGAGUGGCACCUUCAUCCUGUUGGCCGGCCUCAUCAUGUACGUGCUCUCGGGGAAGCAACAGCCCACGCAGGUGCCCCGCCCCACGCUCUCCCUCCAGCCCCACUUCGAGCGUGCAGUGGCCACGUCCACUCGCCAAGGCCUCACUCCCCGCGUGCGGGUUCUCUCAAAAAGGUGGGCUCACGGCCCCUAGCAUGCGGAGCACCGAGUCGUUCCGAUGUGAUGGGUCCAUAAACCUGAGAUGUCGACGAAAAUAAUGGUGAUAACACGGGCCUUUUGUAACAACCAGGACCAGGAGUAUCAGCUCGUUCGGAAGGCGGUUUGCUGUCUAGGCCUAGUGUCCCUGAAGUAACAGAAAGGAACCAGAUGUCAUACACAUAGACUGAAUACAUAGAAGCUCAGAAUAACUUGCACGCUGUACAUUGCUAGCAAACUUCCGUACGUUUUGAAUACAAUCGCUUCAGAAAACACAUCCCUCUCACCUUUGGUCAUUGCUUGCCAUUGGGUUUGGUCGUGUUCCAGUGCCCAAAAGAGACAUUACGUCGUUGGGUUUUUAAAAUAGCCUACACUUGAACGUCAAUUUGUGCGGUGUGGUG